UUCAAACUUGUUGACAUCGAUCUAACCUAUAAUUAAAUAAUAAAAAUGUUUAAACAAAAUAGAGCGUGAUGAGUUUGUAUUUCGAAUAUCCUGUUAAUUUUAAAGAAAGUGGUGUUAUUUCUACAUGUGGAUUAUGGCAUUCAACGUAUCCACUUCUUGCUGUGGCCAGUUACUCUCAGGAAAGAGGAGGUUUUGUGACAAUUUUUGAUGAACUGGGAGAGCCUUUGCAAAAUGUUGUUUCUCCAGUUCAUCCUGUCUCACAGGUAACCACAUUAGUGUGGCAUCCUGAGAGAAAGAUCUUAGUAACUGGCUGGGAAAAUGGUGAAAUAAAGAUAUGGAAUGGAGCAGAUAAAGAUUUUUAUAACGUGCAAGGUUUACACCAAGCUCCAAUAAUUCUUUUGAAGUUCAGCGAAAAAGGUGGAAGACUUGCAUCCUGUGAUUCAACUGGUUCCUUGGUGGGAUGGAAGAUAGAUAGUAAAGGUGAUGCUACUACGGUUUUUCAUCAUGACUUAAAAGAGACAGUCACUCAUUUAAUAUUUCGAGCAAUAAGAAAGAGUUACCCUGAUGUUGACAUUGAAGGUUUGGCCAAAGCUGCAGUAAAUGGGGACGAGGCUGCUUUGGAUAUUUUUAGCAACUGGAGACCAAAAACAACAGCUAAGAAGUUCAGAGUCCAAGAUGGCCUCGAUAACUACUGUUUCUUUGUUGCUACACACUCAGGUUCAAUAUUUUAUGUAAAUGCUUCUGGAGAUUGCAUAGAGGUGUUAAAUAUUGGAGGUACAACUGUUAAUUAUCUACUGUAUCAUCCUUUAAAGGAUGCAUUGGUUCUUAUGAUGGAGGGCUUUACCAUUGGUCAGUUUUCUGUCGAUUCAAAUGGAAAAUUGACUGAAAUUUCAAAAAUAAAAUUAAGUGGUCGCCUUCAUUCAACCCGUGGAAUUAGCGAUCAAGGAUUAAUUUUUGCAGGAAACAGUUGUUUAGCAAUUCUAACAGGCGAUUUAAAUAUUCGAAUGUGGGAUACCGAAACAAAUGAUAACUAUAUUUUACCCGUCACAAUGAACUUAGUAUCAAAAGAAAGCGAAUCUUCCCAGGAUGUACGCGAGAAUUUCACAUGUAUUGCGUACAGCAAUGUAAAUCAUACAAUUUGUGCAGGUACUAAUGCCGGAAAAAUUUAUUUUUGGACAAAAAGACAACGAAAAAAUGACGUUUCGUUGACUCCAGAAGGCACUUGGGAAUUGACUAACAUAAGUAACAUUAGCGGUACCAUUAAGCAGUUGAUGUGGGGCUCUGUAAAUCUCACUAUUCCCUUGGUAACUGUUAAUUGUGUUACCAAGGUAUACAUAAUGAAAGAACAAACCUUGUGUGCCAAUUUUUGCGACAAGAUUUGGGCAACUCAGCAAUCAGCAAAUCAAGUUUUACUAGAAACCCAAGAUUCCAGAGGAGUAGUUCAAACUGAUCUGCAAGUUACUUGUAUGUGUCUAAGUGAGGAGUACCUUGCAGUUACAAAUGGUCAUAAUAUUUCUGUUUACAAUAUAUCCAUUAAAAACGGAUCUCGUCCUGAAAUUGCUACCAGCUUUAUAAAUAGCUUUCGUUGUACAAAUGAGAGUAUCGAAUUAUAUUCGAAAAAUAUUGUAGUCCUCACUAUAACAUUGGUUAAAAUAUUCACUGUACAUGGUAUAAACGUCACUAAUAUUUCAUCAACUACUUCAGAAGGUGAACCGAUAGGUAUAAAUGUUACUAAUAACUUUUUGACCGUUUUUACAUUGGAUGGAGUUCUUAAACUAUAUGAUUUGUCGUUAAAAGAACCAAAAUUAAUAACCCCUCCUUGUAAUUUCUUUGAUAUUUGCGACGACUUUGGAGAAAUUAUUCAAGCGAAAAGUAACUGUGUUGGCACUAAAGUUGCUUUAACUUUGGCUGCUUCUAAUUUGAUUCCCGACGGAAAAUUGUACGUUUGGGACUUGGAACUAACAAAGCUAAUGAGUUUUGAUUGUCGUAAUUGCGAAAAAACCACGAGUUAUAGUGAUGGUGACGGUCAAGGGGACAGUCAAGAAAAGUCUGCAACACCCGAAAUAGAAUACAGUGUUCGUGACGAUAAUAAUACGGAAUUUGAGAAAAUAUGGUCUCAACGAGUUCCCUUGUCGUUACACUGGGAUCAUGAAGACGCAAAGUUGCUUGUCUGUAAUGCACGGAAAUAUACUAAUGAGCGAAAAAAGUUUAUUUCGCUUUAUACUGAUAUGAAAAAGAACGAGACUAAAAUUGAUUUUGAAAAUGAAGACCAUCUUCUGUUAACAUUUUUCGUUUCAUCCGAUCAUGGUAUUCAUAUUCACGAUAUAAGAGCCAUAGAUUCUGAUGCUCGAUUAUUAGGAGUUGCUGCUCCCUUCAUAGCACUAUUAGAAAAUCUAAUUAUUGUUCGCAAGGUAAUGACAGACUUCAAUGGCCUCGAAAAUUGUACCAGUGAAACUAAGGAAGCUAUACUUGAUUUUAGUUAUAAUAUAAGUCACGGUAACAUGGAUGCAGCAUUCAAGUCGAUUAAAUUAGUUCAAAGCCAAGGAGUAUGGAAUAGUUUAGCACGAAUGUGUGUGAAAACGAAAAGAUUGGACGUUGCUACAGUUUGUUUGGGCCAUAUGGGAGAUGCUAGAGCUGCUGGUGCUUUGAGGGUAGUAAUGGAAGAUUCCAAUUUGCCCCUGGAAGCUAAAGUUGCCGCCCUUGCAGUAGAACUUGGAAUGUUGGAAGAAGCUGAGCAUCUUUACAGACAAUGUAACCGUUACGAUUUGUUGAAUAAAUUUUAUCAACGACAGAACAUGUGGUUAGAAGCUCUAGAAGUGGCCAGAACAAAAGACAGAAUUCAUUAUAAAAAUACAGAACACAGGUAUGCUAAGUACUUAGAGCAGAUGGGUAAUAUAAAAGAAGCAAUUAUUCAUUAUGAAAAGGCUAACACUCAUCGAUCAGAAGUGCCAAGAAUACUCCUAGAGGAACCCAGGGAGUUGGAGGCUUACAUACUCAACAGUAAUGACAAAGAAUUAUUAAAAUGGUGGGGUCAAUAUUCUGAAUCACAGGGUGAUAUAAAAACAGCUCUUAAGUAUUAUGAGAGGGCAGAAGACCUCUACAAUCAAGUUCGUGGUUUGUGUUUAAUUGGGGAAGAAGAGCGGGCUUUUGAGCUUGCAAGAUCUGGUUCUGACAAGGCUGCUUUUUACCAUAUGGCACGAUAUUAUGAAACGCAUAAUGACCUUAAAAAAGCUAUUUCAUUCUAUACAAGGGCUACAGCUUUCAGUAAUGCUGUUAGACUGUGUAGAGAGACAAAUAAUAUGGAAGAAUUGUGGAGCAUAGGGUUGAUUUCAAAUAACAGAGAAAAGAUAAACUGCGCUAGAUUUUUCGAAGACUCGGGCCAUUUGGAUAAAGCAGUUAUUUUAUACCACAGAGCAGGUGUUUUACACAAAGCCUUAGAUUUGGCUUUUAAAUCUCAUCAGUUUGAUACUAUUCAAGGAAUAGCGACAGAUUUAGAUACUGAAUCUGAUCCUGCACUCAUAGAGAAAUGCGCAGAUUAUUUCGUUCAAAAUGAGCAGUAUGAUAAGGCAGUUGAUUUACUGGCUGUAGGCAAAAAGUAUGAAGAUGCUAUAAAAAUUUGCCUGCAGUAUAAUGUACAAUUGUCUGAUGAUUUGGUGGAAAAGUUAACUCCUGAAAAGGGCACAUUAGAUGAAAAUACAAGGGUGCAUAUUUUGGAUAGCUUAGCUGAAAGCUUAAUGAUGCAGGGUAGUUAUCAUUUGGCUACAAAGAAAUUUACCCAAGCAGGAAAUAGGUUGCAAGCUAUGAAGGCUCUCUUAAAAUCCGGAGAUACCGAAAAAAUAACUUUCUUUGCUACUGUUUCCAGACAAAAGGAAAUAUACAUAAUGGCUGCUAAUUAUUUGCAAUCCCUAGAUUGGCAGAACAAUCCGGAUAUUUUAAAAAAUAUUAUAACAUUUUAUUCGAAGGGGAAAGCUUCAGAUUUAUUAGCCAAUUUCUAUGUAGCUUGUGCUCAGGUUGAAAUUGAUGAAUUUCAGAAUUAUGACAAAGCUUUUGGUGCACUAACUGAAGCAUCUCGGUGCUUAUCAAAAACUGUUUCACCGAAAGAUUUAAAUCAGCACAGAAAGGCAAUGGAAAUAGUCCAGAAACGUAUGACAGACAUAAAAAGAUUCCUUGACAUUAAAAAAAUGUUUGAGAAUGGAGAUUUUCAGCAAGGUAUGACUCAGUGUCGCCAACUUCUGACAACACGAGAUGCUGAUUUAGAAGAAUCUGUUCGUAGGGGUGACGUGUACGCUUUGAUGAUGCAGUAUAAUAUUACAAAUGGAAACUUCAUUGAAGCUCAGGAACUUCUCAAUGAACUCCAACAUAUCUUAAAUAUGUCAAAUAGUUUGCCCAUUACGUACUAUGUUAAUAAAGAGAUGAUUGAGGCGUUAGCGCGAGGUCUGAGUGUCUCCCCCAGUUCUCUAUUACCGCAUUAUAGAAAAAAGGCACCCAAGGAACACUUUCAUCAAGAUCUUGCAGUUAACGAAGAUGUUGAAGAUUAAUUAAUUUAUUUUUUUUAAUUAAACGUUAUUAGACUUAUAAGUGCAACGGAUCCGUCCAUUUUACUAUGUGAUCUCUUUUUUUUGUAAUAAAGUUUAAAAGUAAAAUACAAACUAUAUGUAUUUAAAAGAACAGUCAGUAGAUGGCAUGAUAUUGCUUGCGUCAUAACAGUGUAUAUUUUUUGUUCAAACUUGCUGUAUACAGUUUGAAAAUGUGCUGGUAAAUCAUGUUAAUAAAAGACAAUGACAAAUCAAAUUAAAAUAACCACAAAAUGAAUAUUAAAUACAUUCUUUAUGUUAGUAAAGUCAAAUAGUUUUAAUUUAAUGGAUACAACCGCAGAACCAUAAACACAAGUACUAUUUCAUCAUGGUUUGUAGUUUGUAUGUUAGUAAAG